AUGUGGACAAGCUGGUCAGCUGCGAUCAGCUUAGCUGUUGCGGUGACGUAUGCGAGUCUUCCCGGCGCAUCAGUCGCCCAGGAUGCCUUCGACGCCAGAGCCCAGGCGAUUGUCGACAAGUUCACCGUUACGCAAGUGCUUGGACAGAUGACCCAAAUCGAAGUCAGCAAUGUCAUAAAUUCCACCACCAAGACGCUGAACGAGACCAGCGUCCGCGCCUACGCUCGACAGCACGUGGGGUCGUACUUCAGCUCGGUAUAUGCUGGACGCCAAGAAAGCGCCCCAUACGGGUGGAACGCUACUGAGUUCCGUGCCUUGAUCAAGCGUAUCCAAGAGAUCACCAUGGAGGAGAAUGGUGGGCACCCGAUGAUUUAUGGCAUCGACUCAGUGCACGGUGCCAACUACGUCGAAGCAGCCGUCUUGUUUCCGCAGCAGAUCAACAUGGGUGCGAGCUUCACUCCCGAGCUCGUGUACAAAGCAGGACAAAUCACUGCUCGCGACACGCAAGCUGCCGGUAUUCCGUGGAUCUUCGGACCAAUUCUGGAGAUCUCGUACAAUCCGUUGUGGUCCCGCACGUUCGAGACCUUCAGUGAGGACCCCUAUGUGGUGUCUGUGAUGGGUGACGCUAUUAUUCGCGGUCUGCAGAGCUACAACCAAACGGCAGCCUGCAUGAAGCACUUUAUCGGAUACUCCAGGACCGAGAGGGGCCACGACCGUGACAACACCCACAUCUCCGACUUCGAACUGCUCAACUACUACUUGCCGUCGUUCAAAGCAGCUGUAGACGCCGGUGUCAUGACGGCGAUGGAGAGUUUCACCUCGAUUAAUGGUGAGCCGGUCGUUGCCAGCUCUCGCAUCCUGAACGAUCUGCUUCGAACGGACCUCGGGUUCAAAGGCCUGCUCGUUACCGACUAUGCCGAGAUUAACAAUCUCAAGGACUGGCACCGGGUUGCCAAGACCUACGAUGAUGCUGUAGCUAUGGCGAUGAUGCAGACAUCGAUCGACAUGAGCAUGGUGCCGAACAACGCGAACUUCAUCAAUCAAACGCUGAAAAUGCUGGAGAAGCACCCGGAACAGGAAGCUCGUCUGCGAGAAUCGGCGAAGCGUGUUGUGACGACGAAGUUGAAGCUGGGCUUGUACGAGAACCCGAUCCCUGGUGAGCAGUACGUCUCGAUGGUGGGUAACGACGACGACGUGCAGACAGCGUUGGCAAUAGCUCGCGAAUCGGUUGUGCUCCUGAAGAAUGCGGAAAACGUCCUGCCACUGCCGAAGACAGCUUCCGUCUUUCUCACGGGUCAUUCUGCUGACAAUGUUGGCUACCAGUGCGGUGGAUGGAGCAAGGCGUGGCAAGGGUACUCGGGGAAUGCGAUGUUUCCCAAUGGCGUGAGCGUUCUCCAGGGCUUCGAAGGCCUUGUUGGUAACAGCUCGUUCACUUACUUUAACGGCUUGCAAGCGAACGGCAGUAUUUCGGACGCGGACUUGGCAACGGCUGUGAAGCAAGCUAGCGAGCACGAGUACACGGUUGCUGUGAUCGGUGAGGAAUCCUACACUGAAAAACCGGGAGACAUCAAUGACUUGGCACUACCUGCCGGUCAGGUGAGGUUCAUCGAGGCUCUCAGUAAGACGAGCACCAAGGUGAUCGUCGUGUUGUUUGAAGGCCGCCCUCGUCUACUUGGUUCGAUCCCUGAUAACUCGGUGGCCAUCAUUAACGGUAUGCUGGCUUGUGAGCUCGGUGGCAAGGCAAUGGCUGAGAUUAUCUUUGGUGACGUGAACCCGAGCGGUCGACUGCCGCUCACGUACCCGAAGGACCCUGCAAACAUUGCCAUUCCGUACAACCACCUCGUCAGUACGCGCUGUGCCAACGACAACUGCAAGAUGGAAUUUGACUUCGGAACGGGUCUCAGCUACACGCAGUUCAACUACACCGGUUUGAGUCUGGACACGACUCGGCUGACUAGUGCGUCCGCAACCGUCACUGCGACAGUGACGGUGACGAACGUGGGUGCCCGUGCCGGUAAGGAGACGGUGAUGUUGUUUGUGAUCCAACCGUACCGCCUGAUCUCAGUGCCGGAGGUAAAGCAGCUGAAGAAAUUCAAGAAGAUUGAGCUGCAGCCUGGUCAGUCGAUGGACGUCUCAUUCACGCUGACAACAGACGACUUGAGCGUGUAUGACCCGCAGAUCGGCAAAGGUUUGAAGCGCGUGUUCGAGGAUAGCGACUAUGUCGUGGCCAUCAAGCCCGAGACGAAUUGUGACGUGUACAACAACAUCACAAACCCGUUGUGUGCAGAGUUCAGCAUUGACACUAGCGGUGAACCAGCGCCCGUCGAGCCCAGCAAGGAAGCAGCGCCCGUCCCGACAAACACUGCGCCCGCCAACGCCAUCUUUGGUGCUUCGCCCGUCGUCAAUGAUGUGAUGCCUCUUGUGUAA